UUUGUCUUCACUGCGAAACUGUCGUUGAACGGUGGCGCUGCAGCGAUUUGACGUUUGAGACUCUGCAACUCGGUCUAGCCUGGUCUAGCCACAUUGGGCACGUGUAGGCGCCAUUUUGUUUUGCUUGUUACCGUCUUUCCGGGCGUCGUGUGCCCUAGGGAGUUAUGAAAUCGCUUAGCUAUUAUAAUAGCUUAUUAUAAUUUUUUGCGUGUGGACGGGUGUGCUAUGAAUGCCUUGUGAUGACACGGAGAGCCGCAAAAACUGCCACUAAUCGUAAUCCAUGGAGGAACAAGUGACAGCGCUCUCGCCGCUGCACAGCAACCAAGUUGCUGAGGUCACGGCCGAGACAAGGACCGUUAAGCGCAAGUCGGAUGAAAGCUCUAAAACAACCUCAAGUAUCAAGUGGUACAAGCAGAAGUUUAGAGACUCCUGGCUGCAGGACGAGCGCUUCAAAAACUGGCUGGUUUGUGUGCCACACGAUCCGUACCGUGCCAGGUGCAAACUGUGCAACGCCGACCUUAGGGCAGGCAAGAGCGAACUGGAGAAGCACGCGCGCACCAAGCACCACCGUGAUACUGUCAAGGCGGUUGAGGACGUGAAGGCCUUGCUGGGCUUCGCCAACCAAGCCGGAGCGCAGGCGCUGCCGGAGGUAGCGCCCGACAUGCAGUCAGCUGAUCAGGUGCAGGAGGAAGAACUGUCGCGGCCUAUGACUGCACUCCUGCCACGGAGGAGAAGAAUAUCAUCCCCACCACCUGUGGCUUCAAGAAAAAUAUCAUCCCCACCAUCUGCAGUGGCUUCAGUACCAGCUGUCCGGUGUCACUUGCCGCCUUUGGGCAUCUUACCCCAAGUGCAGUGUCACGCACCUGAUUUCAAAGGGAUAGCUGUGGUGGACAGCCAGGUCCGGCAAAUCCAACUGAGCGACUAUGAAGGGAAAUUCCUGUUGCUGUUCUUCUACCCUCAGGACUUCUCUCUCGCUUGUCCCAGUGAGCUUGUUGAAUACAGUGAUCGUGCAGCUGAGUUUCGGAGCCUUAACACAGAAAUCUUGGCGAUAUCUACUGACUCCUACUGCACACACCUCGCCUGGACUAACACCCCUAGAAAGCUUGGUGGGCUUGGCAAGGUCAAUGUCCCCUUGAUGUCAGACUUCACAAAGAAGAUCUCAAAGGACUACAAUGUACUGCUUGAAGAUUCCGGGACUGCAUUGAGGGCAUCUUUUAUUAUUGACCCCAAGGGCAUGAUUCGUCAGGUUACAAUCAAUGAUGUGAACUUGUACAGAUCAGUGGACGAGACACUUCGGUUAUUGAAGGCGCUGCAGUAUGUUGAAAAGCAUGGUGCAGCAAUCUGUGCAUCGUUUGAACCCGAACCUGUUGGGGCACGUGGGGGUGAGCGCACCAGUGCGCGCAGCAGAGUGGAUAAGUGAUGCCUGUUGCCUGGGACCUUCGUGCACCAUCCAUUGUCAGCACUGACCACCUUGUGACAAUGAUCAUCGUCUCCUUUUAUGUAAUGGCAUAUUUUGUUUCUGUUAUCUCAUCUGUACAGUACUUCACCUGCACUGUAAAUAUUUCAGGACGAUUUAAGCUGCUGUUAUAGUGCUCAUUUAAUUUUGCCACCUGAGGAGAGUGUUUUUGGGCAUGGGAGAUGUGCAACUUCUCUCAUGCGUAUUGUUGUGCUUCCUCAGGCACCUAGGUGCUUUUGUUGUUGGUAGGCUGGAGAGCCUUUGAUGAAUUGCUGAGCGCUGUCCCAUUGUCACUGAUUUGUGUCUUUACGGUUAUUUUCAUUUUGUGUGAAUUUUAAAUUAUUUUUAGAACAACCUUUCCUUUUUAGAAAGAAAAGACAAGUGCAUGCAUUGUGUAAGAGGCUAUUUACUUCUGUUGGCAAUAGGGAUCCUGAUAUUUUGUUUACACCCAACUCUGUUGCAUGAGUGAGUGUCGACAAGAAAUUAGGUUUCCUUAAGUUUGUUUUCUUUUGUGUAUAUGUGCAGUAGUCUCGGAACGCGCACUUACGUGCUUGUUUCCUCAGCGAAAUAAAUGCGGUUGUUCUUGAAUUUUGGCUAUCUCUAUCUCGAUCAUGAAACUCAGCUGUCAUUGAUUGCAUGACACAGCUGACUUAAGAUAGUUUAAAAAAUGUCUAUGUGCUGUCUUUGUUGCUCGAGAGUUUUUUAACUUUGUCAUUUAGAGCCAUGCAAAAAUAAGAUGACGGCCUGUUUCAUUCCCGAAAGUGUGUCAAGGCUCCAAAUGUAUUCUAAAAUGCAAUUUCAGCACAAUUUUGUCAUCAUAAACGUAUCAUACAUAACACUUUGUAGUGUUACUUGAAAUUCUCAUAAUUUUCAAGUAGGUGCACCAUGUAGAUCAUGAAAACUGGCAUACUUCUGCAUGUGGACGCUAUGCAUUGUACAUAUUUGAAUGGUUGUCUAUGUCCACAUUGCUAAUGUCACCAUCUCAUUGAAAGUUUACAUCAGUAUACCUGGCAGCAAAAACAAUAACCUGCUGGGAAGCAUUAGCAAAGUAUUAGACGACUGCAUGAAGCAGUGUUCAUAGUUUUAUCGGCCAUAUAAAUAGCAGUAAACAUUCGUUUACUAAUCAAAUUAAUAAGCAUGAUGUCACGCGCGCACAGGCAACCGUGAACAGAUCUCGCUCAAUAACAGCGAACACAUGCUGUAACAACGCUGGCGUGAGGAAGAGCAUAAACAGAAAGGAGCAAACACUUUGUGCUGCCUCUCUCUUCAAUGACUGAAACUUGAGAUUACGCAAUCUGCAGCACUAGGCGUGGGAAACGUGCAACCUUUGCACCCACAAGAUAAUAUCUCCAAGAUAGGGCAGGGCGCGUGGGCAGUGUGGACAGUCAUGCAUAGACACGGCAGGGCUAGUGGAGGAGACAUGCACUUAAGUGCGCUUGAUCCUGUGACCUCCAAUAUUGUGCACACGAAAGAAGGCACUCGUCAAGCCACCUUCCUUCUUGGAUCGUUGUCACACGUUUUUCCCUCCCACCCACAGCAUACAACACAUGCGGCGCGAUAGGAUCUUAUUGCACUUGGACUUUAUGCGAAAUAUCAUGGCGAUGAUGACGGUGAAAAUUUGCCACUGUAAUUCCUAUCGCAAUAAAAAGACAGACUCCAGAGUCCUGAGUCAAUUACUGUGCUAAGCAAGUCCACUACAAUGUACCCCUUCACAUGACCUAACAACCUGAGUCAUGCAACUGAAUGAAUGUAUAUAGUUGCUGCUCACGAUUAGUCUUCAAUUGAACACCACUGUGUACAACUCGGUAACUAUUGUCACUUUGUGCCCCUGUAAGCAGGCAAACUUGUCCCAAGUGGCAGUUCUGGCCAUCAGUGACAUGGUGACAUUUGUAGUUCUCGAGCCUGUCAAUUGCGCGAGUCAGGAACAACUCCAGCAAAAAUGUACAGCCUUCGUCAAACAAGAGAAAGGAAACCAAAGUGCUAGAUUUUUUGUUUAUCAGAACCAUAUAAAGCCAACAGACGAUGAAGCCAAGGAAAGCAUGGGGGAAAUUAACUGCAAUUGAAAUUGAAAUGUAGAAAAUAAUUAAGAAAGGGGAAAUAAAACUGAAAAGCCUUGCAGUUUUUCUGCGAGGCUUUUCUUUCGAGGAACCCGUAUAGGUUUCCUUUGUAGCAAUUGCUAAGGUUAGGUGGAUGCCUCAUUUUUCCUUUCAAUUACUUUUCUCCACCUAGCGGCUUUCUGCUGAAUUAUUACAGUAUAGACCACUUAUAAUGUAACCGCUUAUAGUGCAGGACCGGAUAUAAUGCGGUCUUUUCAGACUCCCGUUAAUUUUCCCAUAGCACCCGAUGUAUACGCGUAUCGCUCAUAGUACAGUUGUGGAACACGAAAUACCGGUUACGGUGCGGCUGCCUGGAAGUUCGGCAGUCAACCUAGACGGCAAACGCUCCCCUCAAGCCAUAAAUACAGUAUUUACUCGAAUCUAACGCGCACUUGUUUUCUGAUAAAACAGGUCCGAAAAUAGCGUGCGCGUCAGAAUCGAGUACGACCCUAAAUCUGCGUUAUCAUAUACAGUGUAGACCGCUUAUAACGUAAGUCGCCGGAGUCGCGAAUAUCCGCACUAUAACCAAAGCAACAAUUUUCAAGGCCUGCACAUAUACAAAACGUGCACCGAGCCGCCAUGCGUAUGCGACAGUCGAGGAAUGCGGCUAGAACGUUUGCAUUCAAUUUAGUCGAAUCUCGUUAAUUUGAACCAAAUCACGCGGCGGCGCCUCCGACCAGCAUUGCACCAGCACCGCCAUAGAGUAAAAGCUUAGGAGAGACCCCCCAAUGUCGUGUGCGAACAAAAAUAAAUAAAUAAAAAUGCAGCGGAAAUUUCACCCUCUCUCAAAUGGCAAGGUCGCCGAUUCUGGGUUGCGCAGGAACAUGCGUGUACGUGCCGACGUCUCAGUCACGCUACCGUAGCCACGCGUAAAAAUUGGCAGUGAACCCUUCUUUCUCCUUUAUGCUUCCUCUACUUUUUAGUCACGUGUUGACCUUGCACGCUGCGGCUACGGCGCAGAGGGAAGCAGCGGCGCUGUCCCAAGCCAGCCAAUGAAGCUGCCCAUGCCAGCAAACGCCUGCUUCCCGAUAACGGCAGAAAACAAAACUUCGGAGAGCUGGCGCCGGGCCGGCUGGAGCGGCGGUGCCUGCGGGCGCGCACGGUGACAGUCGAAAGUGAGGGAGCUACGAGGGAGGGCGAGGGGAGCCACCGAAACGGAGUUGCCGAGGCGAAAACCGCUUCCCUGCUGCCCUCCUCCCUUACAUUCCACGGUCUCCGCGUGCGCCCUUCGCCGUGCCGUGUCGGCGCCGCCCGUUCCCUCCCUCAAGUUUCGUUUACUGCCGUUAUCGUGCAGCGAGCCUUGGCCGGCGUUGGCAGUUUCGUGGCCCUCGCUCGCUAUGCGCGCCGUGAUAUUUCACGACUCACACUCAAGAUUUUGGUUUCAGCCUCACUGGCUGUUCGUUCGCACCACGUGCCCUUCUCCUCCACUUCGUCUCUCUUUCUUCCUCGAGCACUCCUUGGGGCGCCCGUUUGAGGGGAGCGUUCGCCGUCUCCGCUGACUUCCGUACUCCCAGGCAGCCGCACUGUAACCGGUAUUUUGUUUCCCGCAACUGCACUAUAAGCGAUACGUGUAUACAUGGAGUGCUAUGGGAAAAUUAAUGGGAGUCUGAAAAGACCGCACUAUAUCCGGUCCUGCACUAUAAGCGGUUACGUUAUAAGUGGUCUAUACUGUAGCUGUCGGCAUUUCAAAAUGGCCGCCUCGCACGCGCGUUGAGCCUAGCUACUCUCUCUAUGUGCUGCAGUACACGUGUUUAGGCAAUAGUCUACCGUCUGUCUUCACGUUCUCUGCGUCUGCUCAAUCAGCAUGAAGUACUGAGUUCAUCUUGAUGCUGCAUUUAAAAGGAAAGUGUGUGGAGACGGACGGAAAUCGGGCCGCGUCACGGUUCUUCGGAGAAUCUGAAACUUGCGUUCAGGACUGGCGCAAACAGAAGGAGAGGAUUUUCGCCUGCAAUGCAAUGCGGAACGGUUUCAGUGGACCGAAGCCGGACGUAAUCUGCGACGAUCCAUUUUGGCGAUACAAUCACCUUGGCCCUAUCUUGAAAGCAGUCUGCGAUGGGGAAAGUCCGCUGCGCGCCGUGUUUUCGCCGCUUAUAGGUCACGUUGAAGCGAGAGGCAUGAUAGCACGAAGGUCAAUUCGCUCGCCACGCUUCGUCACUCGAGCGUUUUGACAGUUUGUUUUCGUGGUCAAUGAGCGAGAUGUGUUCAUGUUUGCUUGUGCGUGCGUGACGCCGUGCGUGUUUAUUUAGUAAGCGAAUAUGGAACCUAGAGCACGGUGGCAGCAACGGCAGAAAUGCACCUGGAGUGUCCAUUAUAGGAAUAAAAUAGUUGUUUUGGUUAUAGUGCGGUACCGCGUAUAGUGUGGAUAUUUGCGACUCCCGCGACUUACGUUAUAAGCAGUCUACACUAUACGUCAAAACAUUUGCCUUUGUUUCGAGUUGUGAAUAAAUUCGACUUCGCCAUGCCAUCUGCUAGCCUCCUGGUUAGCUCAGAUGGUAGAGCGGCCGCCCGAGAAAGGCAGUGGUCCCGGGUUCGAGUCCCAGACCAGGACGAAUUUUUUUUCAAAUGCGGGGCUAGUCUUUUGAGGAACCCAUAUGGGUUUCCUUUGUGGCAAUUGCUACAAUUCAGUGGAUGCCUCAUUUUCCCUUUAAUUAACAGAUACUUUCUACACCGUUCUACGUAUCUGUGAAGAAACAUGUUCGGUAUGCCAUCUGGGCUGCUUGAUUUCUUAUUGUCUAACUCAAGCAGAGCCAAACAAAUGCUUUUUUGAUCUAUGACUAGAUUUGGGAUAUCAAGACAGCUUUGCUGAACGAAUGUGACCCGACUGGUGGAACUAAGAAAUGCAGAUGAAAAGUGCUCGGUGAAUGCUUUGGCCAUACGGUUGCCGUCAGUAACGAUAGCAUCCUCGAACUUUAGUUUGCUGACAGGAUCUUUUUUCUAAUGUUCAAUGCAGCCGAAACUUUUGGGGAUCAUUUAUAGGAAAAUUAUACAUCCUGAUGUAGGAAGUGGACUUGGACAACUAUUCUUAAGUGCAAUUCAUCAUGAAGCAACUACAGUGAAACAGGGCCCUUGUGAGCAGUAGAAUGCGACAAGCAUUUUACGCAACAUUUCAAAUGCAGUGUCUUGCGUGAGAUCUAGGACUUCUUAGUGUUUCCUUUUUUCGUCUGUUUAUACAUAUUUGCGAAUGCAAUCGCCAACAGUGGUGUCGAACUGAAUGUACAAGUCAUUUACAGGCAAAGUGCCCGCAGCAUAUUCUUGAAUGAAAAUAUCAGUCCUGUUCUGGAAUGUCUAAUAUUCUCAUCUUGGGUGCAAUUGCAGUCAGGAAAUGUUUAUACAGCUUCUCAGUUUUUUUUUUUUUUUUUCGCCACAUGGUUCGUGAAAAAUACUUCGUGAUCCUAUAUCCAGGGGAAUGUAGUUAUUGAGUAGCCAAGCUCACAAAUGUUAUUGGAAACAAACAAGAUGUAGUAAAGAACUACAAAUAGGCAUACAAGCGGGCGUGGGUUUAUUCAUCACCAGCUGUAUCAGACGAAAGGAAAAAGCGAUGCCGAGCAGCUCCUCAGAAUGCUGACAAGGUGAUUGAACACUAAGCAAGUCCCAGUUUAGUUUGGGCAGGAUAGAAUCACUGCGAAUUGUGGUAUAAGCAUCGCACUCUGCAGUAUUCGUGCAAGAAGUCGUGUAAUGCUUCUAGAAGGCCAGCAUUUGAGGGUCUGUAUUAUAAUAGGUGAACAUGGAUUCACCACAUUUCACUUAAGUAUGGUAGGGUAUCACGGUGUGCUCAAUGCCCUUUUCAGUACAAAUGCAAUGCAACACCCCUCAAACUCCGGUUGUGAUGAAUCAAAUUAUGCUAAUUGGCGCAGCUUCAUUGGAAAUGCUGUCGCAAAGCAUUUUGUUUUUUAAAGAGCAGUUAUGUUUGAGUUAUACACACGAAAAAGAUGCUCGAGAUCAUCGGCUUUGUGUAGAAGGCUUCCUGCAUUAAUGCUCAUCACAGAAAAUGGUUUUAGGGUAACGUGGGGCUUUGGGACGUGGAGACAACCAAUGGGGACAUUGUAUUGCAGUUAUUGGGAAACACAGAUCAUUAGAGAUUUAAUGGCACCUUAGUGCCAUGUGCACCAUCCCAUAUAUUUUUCCAUUGAGUUUAAGUCUGUCAAAAGUCAAUCCAGCCUUGUUACCCAUAUCUCUAUUCUCCUUUGUUCACCCAGUUUCUUCCAGAUCGCCUGCACAUGCAGUGAGAAAUCUUCAGAGAUGCUAUAGUUGCUACUUUUUAGGUUGCUGCAAUUUUUCAACAUUCUUACCUAAUCUCUUCUGUCUGCAUGCUUAAAAAUUACUGCGCGGCAUUUGUUAGGACCUGGCUGCCAAAGUCCAAUUCAUUCAGUGUAACUAUCGGGAGGUUUAUAAAUAGUUUUUGAGGAAAGAUGCUAAUCGAAGAUAUUUGUUUUUUUUUUUUAAAUAUAUAACCUAGAGCAAGCAAUGAAAUUCUGGCUGCUUAUGUAGUUUUUUAUGCUGAUUUCAAAUGUAAUCUGUUUUCAUCCUCUAUCAGACUUUUCGCAGACGACUGCGUACUUUAUCGUCGCAUCAAGGACCAAACCGACCAUGCAAUACUUCAAGACUUACAUUUAAUAGAAACCUGGUGUUCCAAUUCUCUUAUGAAACUUAACAUCUCCAAAUGUAAAGUUACGCGGAUCUCCCGUAAGCACUCUAACAAGGAAUACCAAUAUUCUUUAAACUCGACAACCCUAUCCACCGUUGAAUCAUAUUGUUAUCUCGGUAUCACCAUUAACAGCAAGUUGACCUGGACAGACCACAUCACAAAAUUGGCUACCGACACUACUAAAUUACUUGGUUACGUCAGACGCAACCUUGCCCUGUGCCCCCCAUCGACACGAAAACUAGCCUAUGAAACUUUCAUUCGAAGUAAACUUGAAUACGCCUCAGCUAUUUGGAGCACAAAGCUUACUUGAUCAACACUUUAGAAUCAAUACAGAAUCGUGCCGCUAGAUUCAUCUCUUCCAGGUACAGCCGCCAAGAAAGCGUCAGUAAGAUUAAAUCAUCCUUAGGACUCGAACCAUUGUUGUUGCGUCGGAAAAUUGCAAAGCUGUGCCUUUUCCAUCGACUAUAUUAUAAUUUCCCACACCUGCAUGGAAAGCUUCUUAUUCCACCAACCCGUACAUCUCGUCGCCCUUUUAACUCUUGCAGCAUCCAGUGCUUGCAUGGUUCAACAUCUUUCUUUAAUCAAUCGUUUUUGCCUAGCGCUAUCACAGAGUGGAACAAAUUACCAGAUACAGUUUUCAGCGAGCGUAACCACAUUAUCUUUAAACAGCUGCUUACUGAUUACCUUAAACUCUAACUUUAUAAUGACCGUACUGUGUUUUCCUUCCUUCGCAAUUGCCGAUUGGGACUUUUUUUGCUGAUUUGAUUUUGCAUUGUAUUCGGUGUGCCGCGAAGUUUUUCCUCCUUUUUUUUGUGUUCCUUUUCUUUUUAGUUGUUUUCAAACGAAAUCCACAGGCUGUAGGAAAUUGUAACCAUGUCUAUAUUCCUAUUCUUACCUCCUGUAACCCCCACCCCCUUAUGUAAUACCCCGACAGGGGUCCUUAAGGGAAAAUAAAUGAUGAUGAUGAUGA